AUGGACAGUACAGCUGACGACAGGGAAAACGAGGAUCUUCUCAAGUCGCUUGGCUUGGCACCGAUGAAGAAAGCUCAACCCCCUCCACCGAAACCAAAGGCUGCGAAGAAGAAGAAGAAGGACACUGUUGACGACGACGACUACAGCGCGAGUCCGGAGCGCGAGCUCAGGCGCAGCGGUCGCGCCCGGAAGCUAGUGCAACGCGACGACAGUAGUAGCGAGGACGAUUACGAGCCGACACCAUACUUGAAGCGCGCGAUGAAGGCCGAACGAAACAACUCUACAAGACAGCGGGUUGACCAGCCGCAGCGCAUCCAGCAGCGCUUAGGUGAGCGUCUGCACGACCCAAAGACAUUUGGUCCCAUCCCUGGGGUUGAGGUUGGCACCUGGUGGCCUUCGCGCAUGGAGUGCUCAACCGCUUCAAUCCAUGCCCCUACCGUUGCGGGCAUCAGCGGCAAUGCUAUUGAGGGAGCGUGGUCCGUCGCCCUAUCGGGCGGAUACCCUGAUGACGUUGAUUUCGGCGAGGCGUUCACAUACACUGGGUCCGGAGGGCGCGAUCUCAAAGGCACCAAGCAGAAUCCGAAGAACCUUCGUACCGCACCGCAGACGUUUGACCAGAGUUUCGAUAACUCCUACAAUGCUGCGCUGAAGGUGAGCUCAAGGACACAAGUGGACAUGCUGACCGAACAGAGAUCCGCGGAGACACGUAAGCCUGUUCGUGUUAUCCGCGGAUUCAAGCUCGACUCGAAGUACGCUCCCGCCACGGGCUAUCGCUACGACGGACUCUAUGUCGUGGAGAAGGCGUACAUGACCAGAGGGCUCACGAAGGGUUUCUUGGUGUGCAAGUACGCUUUCAAGCGCCUGCCCGGCCAGCCACCUCUGCCCAUUCGAGAAGACGACGGUGGGAACGCCGAUGAGGGCGAGGAAGUGGAGGAGGAUGAGGAGAUUGUGCGACCUGAAGAUGAGGACGUCGGUGACGAGUUUGACGGAGGAGAAGAGGACAAUGGACAGGCAAGUGAGGAGGUAGGCAACGAUCAUGGUCGCGAGGGUCAAGCCAGGGGGAAAAGGAAGAGACAAGGAGACCAGGACAGCGACGAGACCGGUGACGAGGAAGCUACGGCUGAUGGUGAUGGCGAGGAGCUCAGAGCGGAGGGAGACAUGGACGAUGCCGAUGAGGACACGGGAGAGCAGGAAUCGGAUGCGGAAGAGGAUGAGCCCGUCGCGAAGCGAGGCCGUGGUCGCCCUCGCAAGCACCUCAUCCAGUCUCCUCCGCGCAGACGAGGCCCAGGCCGUCCUCGCAAGAACCCACUCCCCGCUGCUGAAGGCGAACCUCCAACGAAGAGGGGCCCAGGUCGGCCUCGCAAACAUCCUCUGCCUGAAGCUCUCACGGAGAAGCGUGGAGGAGCGCGCACGCGUACGAACCUACAGCCCAAGGACACGACAGCGGCUGCUGAAGAAGACGAGUCAGAGCCGCCAGUGUCGAAGAGGGUCAGGGGUCGACCACGCCAGAAGUCGCUCUCCAAUGCGCCGGGUGAGGAGCCGAGGGAGGCCGCGGAGCCUACACCGGCAAGGAGAGGAAGAGGAUGGCCACGCAAGGGCGGUGUCUCUGAUUCUCCCACCCCUACCGAGUCUGAACUCGAAGCUCCCGCGAGGAGAGGUCGAGGAAGGCCGCGUAAGAGUGAUCCUGCUCCCGCCGCUGAGUCUGUCAUGAUCGAACCUGAGCCCAUUCGGCGAAGCUCCACGCGGUUCCGCAAGAGCGGAGCCUCUGAGGGUCUAGCGCCGACAGCGCCCGAUGCUACCGAAGUGACGCCGGCGAAGCCGGCACCAGGACGCCCACGCAAGCACAACCCCGGCGGGUCUACUUCCGUCAACGUCGAGGAACCCGAAGCAGCGCCCGUGAAGCGCGGCCCUGGCCGACCUCGCAAGAGCACGAUCACGACCCCCAAGCUAACCUUGCCUCGCCGGACCUCCGGCCGUCUCUCGACUCACUCCACGCGCACCGAGUCUGAGGCGGCCGAGGUUGACGAGCUGCUCACGCCCGCCGAGCUGCGCCGCUCCACCCGCCGCGUCUCAACUCCCCAGACUCCAAUUGGAUCGCCGCUUGUUUCUAAAGCUACGGGGCAGAUCAACACGCCUGCUACACCUCUCCAGACAACUCGCGUGACCCGCCGUCUCAGAGCUCACUCAGCAACGCCUGGGAGUAGCAAGCCUCGUCGCAUCAUGGAAGUCGUCAUCCCUACGCCAUCGCCAGCGCGAGAGCAGUGA